AUGAAUCUGACUGCGGAGAACCAUAAGAUUUCUCUCAGUGAUGGGAACCAAAUCCCGCUGCUGGGAUUGGGCACAUAUGGAGAUCCUCGGACGACAGCAAAAGGCACAGCUUUGGAAUGUGUCAAGCAGGCCAUCGAUGUGGGCUACAGGCACUUUGAUGGAGCUUUGGUGUAUUUCAAUGAACAUGAAGUGGGUCAAGCCAUUAGGGAAAAGAUUGCAGAUGGAACUGUGAAAAGAGAGGACAUAUUUUAUUGUGGAAAGCUCUGGAAUACCUUCCAUCCACCAGAACUGGUGAGACCGACCUUGGAGAAGACCCUGAAGGGACUAAAACUGGACUAUGUGGAUCUCUACAUCAUCGAGCUCCCAAUGGCAUUUAAGCCCGGCAAUGAGUUCUAUCCUAAAGACCAGAACGGCAAGUACAUCUACCACCACACAGAUCUCUGUGCAACCUGGGAGGCUUUAGAGGCAUGUGUUGAUGCAGGCCUUUGCAAGUCGCUGGGUGUGUCCAACUUCAAUCGCAGACAACUUGAACUGAUUCUUAACAAACCCGGUCUCAAAUACAAGCCUGUAUCCAAUCAGGUGGAGUGUCAUCCUUACUUCACACAGCCCAAACUUCUGGACUAUUGCCGUCAAAAGAACAUUGUUAUUGUUGGCUACUGCCCACUUGGCUCCUCCAGAGAUGCAUCCUGGGUGAAUGUCAAAUGUCCCCCCAUGCUAGAGGAUGAGCUCCUUGUAUCCAUUGGGAAGAAGUACAACAAGAGCAGUGCUCAAGUGGCUCUGCGCUUUAAUGUGCAAAGAGGAGUGGUUGUCAUUCCCAAGAGCUUUAACCCACAGCGGAUCAAACACAACUUCCAGAUAUUUGAUUUUUCACUCUCCGAAGAAGAAAUGAAAGCUAUUGAAGGGCUGAAUAAGAACAUUCGCUUUGUGGAGCUUCUCAUGUGGAGCGACCAUCCAGAAUACCCAUUUCAUGAUGAAUACUAA